UAAUCGUAUCUAAUGGCGGUAAAGGACGAUGAUUGACGACUGCAAAGAAACUAUCUUGCCGUGCCCGGGAGCCAUAUUAUGACGUAUUCAUGUGAGCCUUUAUAUACAAGUGAAAUUCAUAUCCUUAGAAAAUUUCUUCUUAAUUGAAUUGGAAAAAAUCACAAUGGAGCAUGAUAAUAAUCAAUAAUAAUAUUAUGUAUUUGCAAUAAUAGUAACUCAAAUUAGAAGAGAAUUCCUCAGAUUAAAUUAAUGCAUAAAGAUAUCAAGAUACCGACAAUCUGGAAUUAAUCAGCAUAUACUUAAAUUUUUUCGAACUAGUAUUACGUUGAUCGCAGUUGAGUCAAUAGUGAAAUAUCAUUUUUAGAAUUAGAUUCUGUUCUAACUAGGCUAAAGUAGAUUAAAGUGUACCAAAAAUAUAGAAUUUUAAAUGUUGAAUUUUAAACUCUUCUCGAAAACGAUAAUCUUCUCAAAUAAUAUCAUCUUUUGUCUAUUACUUAAUAAAAAUGGACGACCAAAGAUGACAAAUAAUAAUAGAAAAAGUUUUCUAUACGAGAAAUUACUUUUUCCAAUAAACUAUCAUAAAUCUCGAGUACUAAUAAAUAUUACUCGGAAAUAUUAACAAGAGACAUUGAUGAAAUGUCUUAUAUUUUAUCAAGAUAUAUCAAUUUACCGUUAUGUGAACGAAAUACACAAAAAAUCUUUAAUUCUAUAAAUUUAAAUAUUAGAAAAAGUUCAUUAUGGUGGAAGUGCCAAGGAUCAAGAAUAGGAUAUAAUCAGAAGAAUAGGAUAUUUUAUAAAAUAAAUAUGCCUUUAAAAUAUUAUACAUAUUGGAAUAUAAUGUUCCAAAAGGAGAAAAAUGGAGAUCAGUAUCGCUUAUAGUCGCAUAUAAAUUGCUGGCGUCUCAAGAUCAAUUAACGAAAGAAAAUAUUCGUUUAGCUCGUAUUUUAGCUUGGUGUAUAGAAAUAAUGCAUGCAGUUCACAUAGUGAUGAAUGAUAUUGUAGAUCAUGCAGACAUGCGACGAAAUCAACCAACCUGGCAUGUAAAAGUUGGAUUAGGUGCAAUUAAUGAUGCUUUAAUUAUGGAAACAUGUAUACAGAAGCUUCUUGAGAAACAUUUUAAAUUGAAAAAUUGUUAUGUAGAACUCAUGAAUAUAUUCUGGAAAUAUAAUAAAAAAACAGGGCAUGGUCAUCGUCUAGAUAUUUUUAUAUCAACAAAUUGGAGGAAGAAGGCGAAUUUUGAUCUUUUUUCAAUGGACCGAUACAAUACUUUAGUAAAAUAUAAAAUGUCUUACUUAUCAUUCAUAUUUCCAUUCAGUUUUACUAUGCGUUUCGCUGGCGUAAUCGAUUCAGAAAUGCAUAGAGAAGCAGAAAAAAUUCUGUUAAAAAUAUGUCAUUUUUACCAAGUACAAAAUGAUUUUUUGAAUUAUUACAGUAAAAAAAAAAUCGGAGGAAAAAGUGAAACUGAUAUACAAGAAGGAAAAUGUACGUGGCCCAUUGUGAUUGCAUUGGAGCGAGCUACAGCCGAACAAAAAAGAAUUUUAAGAGAAUGUUAUGGAAUAGCUGAUAAAGAAAAAGUAAAACGUGUGAAAGAAAUUUAUGACAAGAUAGGUAUAUCGAAUAUCUAUUUUGAUUACGAAGAAGAAACGCAUAAUUUAUUGAAUGCAUGUAUACAACAAUUAUCUUCGAAACUUCCAACUGAAUACUUUUUAUAUUUACUCGUUACAUCAUGUAGAAAAAUAGGACGAAAAGAUUAAUUGGAGAUAUUCAAAAAAUGUGGGAACACAUCCGAUUAUCGAGAAAUUUUUAAGAUAAUAUCAAGUGAUGUUUUUUUUUACAAAAAUUUUCUUUAUUAUUUUCGAUAUUAUUAACGAAUAUUUAACAAAAAAUAUUGUCUUAUUCUAUAUCUUAGAGUAUAUGAUCUAAGCGCGAAGUAGUGUUGGCUACAUGUUGAUUGAACACGAUAUAUAUAUAAUAACCCAACACAUCAAAAAAACUGUUACAUGUAACAAAUACGUGUUUACAAAUAUUUCUAUUUACUAAUAAAAAAUACAUAUUUUGAGUAAAAA